AAACACAACCAACAGCAGCAGCAGCAGCAGCAGCAGCAGUGGAGUGAAGUGAAGCAUCCAGAAGAAAAAAAUGGACCGCUAGAUUGCGUGUCAAUGCGUGUGACGUAUGUUGGAUAAAUAAUUGUGCAAAAAAAUUACCACCAAAGUAGGCGACGACGAUACGAGUCGCAAGAUGAACGAGUGCCAGCAGGGAAGAAGUUAAAUGGAGUUUCGGUUGCGAGUGAUUAAAGUGGAAAAACGAGUUUGCAAUCAGUGCGUGCGCCGGAAAAGUGUGGAAACUCGGUACCGUGCAUAACGUGGUUUUUGAAGGAAUUUUCCAGCGCAAGGGAGAGAAAAAGAACGAGUGAAUUCUAGCAGCAAAAAAGUGUCCGGAAGCUGUGGAUGCUAGCUUUAAAAUCAGUGUUUGAUGUGCCAGCGGAGUGUGUUUUAGUGGAAAAUUACUACCAAAUCGUUUGUCUGUGUGUGUGUAUGUGAGUGUAUGUGACAAAAAGGAAGAAGCGCAGCGGAAAAAAACAUCGUGCGUGUGAUUUGCACUCGAAGCAAUAAAAUAGUAAAUUUGUGUGAGUUCGUGCUCCGGCAAAGUGUGUGUGUGAGUGGGGUUGUACUACUGCUUCUACCACUACCACCACCAGUACUACUAAGAAAUGGGCGAGUAUCGUCAAGAAGAGGAAGAAGUGCUCGCCGUAGUGGGGUCACCGUACACCACCGUGAAAGAACGUGCGUGAGGAUAAUAAUAAGAGCAAGUGGAGAAGAAGAAGUAGUAAUUGCGCGGACAGAACUCGUCGGUAUCGUCGGAACACCCGUGUGCACACCGAGUGCGACCGGAAAUGGUCGCCGGUAGCCGUGGAGCAUGAGUGCCGAGGUUAGUGCCCAAUGGAGAUCGCUCGGAUUUAGUGCAACAUCCGACGGAGGAGGAGGAGGAGGAGGAGGACCAGGUGGAGGCGGUGGUUGCGGCGCCAGCAACGGACACUCGUCCUCCUCGCCGGUGCUGCCCGAUCUGCUUCCGAUCCAUGCCACCAACUCGCCAUCACCGGGAACGGUAACCACGGCGACGACGACGACAACGGCGACGACGACGGCGACGGCGACGGUGACUACGUCGGUGACGUGCGAGAUCAAUCACAACAACAACAUCAUCAACAACAACAAAAGUCCGCGACCGGCCGGAUCGGAUGAUGAUGAUGAUGAUGGCGGUCAGCGGUGCAACAAAUCCCGGAAACUGAAUGGCGACCAUGAUGCUGAUGGUGGUGGUGGAACCACGUGCCACGAUGGCGACGGCGGUGGUAGUUCAUCGGAAGAGUUCAACUGUGAGCUAGUGUUGCGUUCCUUCUCCGAGGACAAUGAUGAGUUGGGUGGUGGCGGUGAGGACGGCAGGGAGACGAUGCUAACCGGUGAAUCGAACACUGACCGCGAUUCCGGCUUCGAAACACCAUCGCUCGAUACGUCCAUUCUGCUUCCCUGGGAAACAUCGACGACCACGACGUCGACGGCGACGACGAAUGCGACCGGCCCGAACCGGUCCGAACAGAGGGAACCGGAAGUGACGUGCGGUGAUGAUGGAAGCGAAAAACAUCGCCUUGAGUCGUCGAAUGCACCGCAGCAGCAACAGCAACAGCAACAGCAGGAGCAGGAGCAACUGCCGGAACAGGGACAACACUAUGUAGCGCACGUUGUUGCAGGGGAAUGCAGCGAUUCGAAGGAUACGAAGCUGAUCCUGAGGCGACGCAACGUCACGACGCCGCCACCGCCUGCUGUGAUCGCGAGCGAGAGCGAGCAAUCGGUGCAGCAAGGGGCCGGUACGAUGAGCAACGGUUGCUGCGAUUCCGGUGCGAUGACAUCGUCCGGCGGAACUGUUGCAACACCUACCACCACCACUGGAGCAAACGGUGCUCCAACGCAGGCGCCCAUUGUCAAGACGGAAGUAGAUGGCAGCGGUAACACCACCACCACACCACCACCACCACCAUCACCAGCACCACAAUCUGCAGCAAAAGGUGGCACGGUGGCAGCAACGGCAAUGGUGGUGGUCAAGCAGGAGCUACUCGAGACGGCAGCGACGGCUGUUGCUGAGCAACAGCUUGCAGCACCGAUUCCGGCACCACCACCACCAGCACGACCAGCGGCCCCCCGGAGGGCACCACACAAGGAUGAUCCGUUGCCGCUUCCGCUCGAACCGAAGGAACACCGGAAAUCGAACCGACGGAGACAGUUCACCGACCGUACCAUCGAUACGCUCUGUCUGCCGGAGAUUUUCUUUAACGCGCGCAUACGUCCGAAACCUAAGCCAAAGGUUGGUGCCAAGGCGGCCAAGACGGCGGCCGUAACCGCUGCUCCGACGCCAUCAACCUCCAAGAAACGUGCCAUUCCCGCAGCAGCAGCAGCUGCUGCUGCUACCACAACCGCGGUGGCCGCAACUCCGAAGCGUCCAUCAUCCAAAACAUCACAGACGGCACCACGUACCGGGUCCUGUCCUCCGACCACACCGGCACGACCACUCGAU